GGGGAAUGCACUACCUAAACUAGCACGCCCAGCACAGGGAUGGCGUCGUCAUCCAAUGUGGCUCCAAUGCCAUCACGCCAGAGCACCAGCCAGCUCACCCUCCUCACUCGCCCCUUCCGCAUAACAUUACCCCAACGCCACUAAACCACGCUUACCAAAAUCAAAUCCCCCCAGCCCCACCACCUCUUCUCUUCCCCAUGGCAUCCGAUCAACACGACGCCGUUUUCCCCGAAGAGGACCUUGACGACGAAGACGACGAGUCUCAAGAAGACGACGACGACGACGACGACGUUCUUGGUGAACCUGAGGACGAUGAAGAUCGCGAAGCUUCUCCUUCCACCUCUUCUGCGCUCGCCCCUACCCUCCCCGGCCCUUCCGCCACCGUUACUGUCGCCGUGCCCAGUUCUACUGUCUCCAACGGCGCUCCUGCCCCAAUUCCCUCGACCACCGCUACCACAAUUGUCGUCCCUGACACCGUCGAUCCCAAGCGUCAGCGAAUUGACUCCAGCGAAGAGAAAAAGCCCCUGGACGAUUCUCGCAGACUUUUUCAACGCCUUUGGACCGAUGAGGACGAGAUCGAGCUCUUGCAGGGCUUCCUUGACUACACCACACAGCGUGGAUCCUCCCACCACAAUGAUACCGCCUUGUUUUACGACCAAAUCAAGUCCAAGCUUCAGCUCGACUUCAACAAAAACCAGCUUGUUGAGAAGCUCCGAAGGCUGAAGAAGAAAUACCGCAAUGUUUUGAAUAAGAUUAGCGCCGGCAAAGAAUUGUCCUUUAAGAGCCCUCACGAUCAGGCCACCUUCGAAAUUUCUCGCAAGAUCUGGAGUAAUUUGGGUUCAACCGGCGCAGCUGCCGAAGAUACCGCGUUGGAUGACGACGAAAUCAGCCCCAACCCUAACCCUAACCCUAAUUUUAGCCUCUCACAGUCCAAGAAUGAGGUAAUAAUCGGGAUUCCUGCGGAGAAGAGAACGCCAUCGUCCCGGAAGCGGUCACGGUCUCGAUCCGGGAUCAGAUCCGAUGAGAAGCGCGACUUGAAUGAUGGAUUGGCGUCAAACAGGGAUAAUUAUUGUAUUAGUAAUAAUAAUGCUAAUACUAGUAAUAAUAUUUACAACGAUAACCAUAUAAUACCAGGCUUGAUUGAGGAGACGGUGAGGAGCUGUUUGUCGCCCCUGUUCAAGGACGUACUGAAUAGUGCGAUGGGUGGCCCAUUUGGGGCCAGGGGGUUUGGAGGAUUGGCAUUAAAUCCUAUGCCACUGAGCUUCGGUGUGCCAUCCCUGAAUUACAGCAGUGGAGAGACGGUAGAUGAGAAGUGGAGGAGGCAACAAAUUCUGGAGUUGGAGGUGUACUCGAAGCGGCUGGAGUUGGUGCAGGAUCAGAUCAAGGCUGCGUUGGAGGAGUUGCGAUCCACUGGACGAUGACCAAGGCUUUUAAUUUAAUGGUGUUUUUAUUGUGAGUGAUUGUGUUCCUGUCCCUUUUCAUGUCUGUGUUUAGUCCAUAAAGAUUUGCUUGGUAAUUUAUCAAUGGGUUGAUAGUUUAGCUAGUAUUUUUCUUUCCUUUUUUUUUUUUUUUAAAUCUAUCUUUUGCUGAUUUUAUAGAACGUUUGUCUAAUAAAAUGUCAGCUUACUGUAGAAUAUUGUUGAUCCUUAUAAUCUUAUAACUACAUUAUCGAUGUAUUGUAAAGUGAUACCAUCGUAUCAUAUGAUGUAGUGUAAACUGUAAAGGAUGCGCUAGUGAGUGUUGUAUAGUGGAACAUUCUUACGGAAAGAUUCACUCUUUUUCUUGUGUCA